AUGGCCGAACAACUAGCUAGAGAUUCACAAUAUGCCGCAACCGUGUUGAAAACUCUCUCGAAUAUUCAACGUUCUGAUGCCCUAUCGAAAAUCAGAUCCGGUCUUAUUAAAGCAAAGGAUGAAAUUAUAUGUGCAAAUAGACUCGACCUUGAAUUGGCCAAUCAAAGUCAUAUAUCGUCUUCUCUAAUCAAGAGGUUGGACCUAUCCAAAAAUGGCAAAUUCGACUCGAUGUGCGACGGUAUUAUGGAUGUGGCUCGUUUGGAAGACCCUUUAAACAAGAUUACUUUAGCUACAGAGCUUGACGAAGGCUUGAACUUAUACAGAGUCACCUGCCCCGUUGGAGUCCUAUUGAUCAUAUUUGAAAGCCGGCCCGAAGUCAUUGCUAAUAUUACCGCUUUGGCCAUUAAAUCCGGUAAUGCGGCCAUUUUGAAAGGAGGUAAGGAAUCCCUUAACACUUUUAAAGCCAUGGCUAAGGUUAUAAAUCACGUCCUGGAAAUAGAGACUGACGUUCCUAAGAAUGCCAUCCAGUUGAUUGCCACCAGAGGUGAAGUAAGCGAUUUGUUGAACCAGGAUACCUAUAUUGAUUUGGUGAUUCCUCGUGGCUCCAAUCAGCUUGUUAGAAGCAUUAAAGAUAACACUAAGAUUCCCGUUUUGGGCCAUGCUAAUGGUAUCUGCUCUAUCUAUAUCGAUGAGUUCGCCGAUAUUGAAGGUAAGGCCAAAAGAAUAAUCGUUGAUGCCAAGACAAACUAUCCUGCUGGUUGUAAUGCAGUGGAAACGUUGCUCAUCAAUGAGAAGUUGCUUGGUACCGAAGCAUACAAGUCGAUUCUUGAGUCGCUUGUAUCAAAUGAAGUCACGUGUCAUAUGGCUCCUGAGCUUUUACGGGAUUUGCCAUCAUCUUUGAAGGAUAAAUACAGUAAAUUGUUUGUAGAAGCUACGGAAAGGGACUUUCACCACGAGUUCUUAUCUUUGGAUAUUGCUAUUAAGACUGUCUCUGAUGUUAAGCAAGCAGUCGAGCAUAUUAAUAGGCAUUCAUCCAAACAUACAGAUGCAAUUAUUACGGAAAAUGAGGAAAACGCUAACAUUUUUCUAAAUGGAGUGGACUCUUCAGGGGUUUAUUGGAACUGUUCUACUCGUUUCGCUGAUGGCUUUAGAUAUGGAUUCGGUACUGAGGUUGGUAUCUCCACCAAUAAGAUUCAUGCUCGAGGUCCAGUUGGAUUAGAAGGUUUAGUGUGUUACUAUUAUCAAUUGAGAGGUAAUGGUCAGAUCGUUGGAGAUUAUUUAGGAGGAGGUGGUAAGAAGGCUUUUAUUCAUAAGCAUUUGGAUACUAGAGGUAUGAGACUUAAGUAG